AUGCGCGUCUUCUCGGGAGAAUACUACGCAAAUCUUUUCAAACUAGUCGCCGAGUUCAACGUCCCCGCCAAGCCGCGUCGUUUUCUCUUCGUCUUCACGCGCGAGGAGCACGAGAGGCCGUAUUUCAUCCAUGCCUCCAACAAACAUAGGAUCUUCCCGCCUAAUACAGAACCGAAUCCUAGUCUCUAUCAGCGGAUCAGGCAUUUGCUCUUAUCGGUCGUCUUGGGGUUGUGCUAUGCGGUGUUUGCGUUUGGCGUGAGGUUCUUUCCGCCGGGGGUUGGUGGACCGGGUGAGGCGGCGGGGACGGAGACUAUUGAGCAUUACUGCAAUAGACUCUUCCUGCCGAAGUUCUUCCUCGACGAUUACCUUGUUCCUCUCUUCUCAUCUGUGGCGACUUGCUCGCACGAUGACUUCCGCACUUUCCCAGCUGUGUACAUCACCGACUAUAAGAAGUACACGUCGGGCAAUGAUCACAACUCUGUGACGACGAUGCAGGCUAUGCAGGAGAAGCUGGUCUCCAAUAACCUCCGCAUCAAGCUCAAACAUCCAGUUACCAAUAUCGAGAGUCAGCCUGAUGGGACCGUUAAAUGCACAAUCGUGGAUUUAGAUAACAAUAAGAAGGAAAGUGUGAUUACUUUCAACAAGGUCAUCACUGCAACUUCUUCCCAUGCCCUAGCGCAUCUCUAUAAGCCAGCAAGACCAAUGGCAUCUCAACUUCCAAUCUGCGAAGCCGAGGUCGUCGUUCACACCGACUACACCAUAAUGUCGCACGUCAUCUCCCGCAAAGGCCCUCUCGCCAAAAAGCCCCUUUCCGACCUCACCGCCGACGAAUUCCUCGCCUCAACCAAGUGGCUCAACCCCGACGCCUCGGCUGCGGACAUCCUGGCUCUUCAAACCCGCCGCUCCCCUUCAGGCGAAGAAUGGACAGAAGCCACACACGUCCACAGCUCCGGCCUCCUCGUCACUGUGCGUCCAGUAAUCUACUCCAAGAACCCAACCCCCGGCGAGGCCGUCUAUGGCAGUAUGAAUAAGACCCCCCGCUUGCCCCCUGCUUAUGUCAUUUCCGAUGACAAAGUUGCCCACAAGGCUGUCUUCUACCGUAUGCUGAGCAACCCGCAGAGACGGGAGCUGAUCCGUGCGGCGUUCUCGAAGGAGGCUCCUGCGUCCGGAGGAAAGAAGGCCACGGAGAGAGAGGGGUUGUUGAAUGGUGCGGCUAAGAACCAGGGGUGGAGAAAUGGAGAUGGUAAUCUUUUUGCCGUCGGGAGCUGGAGCAAUGACUCGCUUACGCUGCUGGAGAAUUGCGUGAGGACGGCUUUGACUGUGGCGGGAACGCUUGGAGCUGAGCUGCCCUUUGAAGUGGUGGAACGAACUCAGUUUUAG